GCCCGGCUGCCCGUGCCUCGCCGCGCCCGUUAUUGGUGCAGGAGCCUUCCACGCCUCCACUCCCCCUUCCCAUGGCGUCCAGGGAUCUCCGGAGGCUGCUCGACGGCGCCGCUCUCGUUGCCCGCGAGGCCGCGAGGCGCUCCUCUCCGCGCGACGUCCUCAGGUCCGCGCUCCUCGCAGCGACAGACCUCCUUACCAGGGGCACCCUGCGCCACCCGCAGCCCCCUGCCGGCGGUGGGCCGCACCCCGCCACCGAACCCUCCCGCCCCACCUCCUCCUCGGUCGUCUACUUCUCCCACGACGACGCCGUUGCGUCCCCGAAUGACCCCCCAGUGGAGACGCAGCCCCCGCCGGCGCAAGAAUUCCCCCACCCCGCGCGGGUGCAGGAGAUCAACAGCACAAUUACAACCGCCGCAGUCGCAGCUGAACCUGAUGCCGUUGCAGCGACCAGGCCCGAAUCCGUGGCUCCUCAUCGUGAGCCCUCGCCUUUGCCCUCACAGGCUCCCCCUUCGCCCCCACCGGUGCCGGUGGAGAAGAGACGGCGGCCGCGGGAGCGGAGGGUGCCAUCCACGCCCUUCACAAGAGCCCUCGGGUUUGCAGGACUGGGCGCUGGGCUCGCGUGGGGCACUCUUCAAGAGUCAACCCGCAGGAUGGUGUACGGCACGCCGGUGGACGCAGAGGGAAAGAGGUCCGCGCUCUCGCCAUUCUUGUCUGACCAGAAUGCCGAGCGUGUUGCCCUCGCCCUCUGCCGUAUGAGGGGAGCGGCGCUCAAGGUGGGGCAGAUGCUGAGCAUCCAGGACGAAUCCCUCGUUCCCCCACCGGUGUUGGCAGCUCUUGAUAUUGUUCGUCAAGGUGCUGAUGUUAUGCCGAGGAAGCAGCUAAAUUCAGUCCUUAGUGCGGAACUAGGGCCAGACUGGUCAUCCAAGUUGAGGAGUUUCGACUAUGAGCCGCUAGCUGCAGCAAGUAUCGGGCAGGUCCAUCGGGCUGUUUUGAAGGAUGCAUCAGAUGUUGUCAUGAAAAUACAAUACCCAGGGGUUGCAGAUAGUAUAGAAAGUGACAUCGAGAAUGUUAGGCUACUCUUAACUUACACAAAUCUCAUCCCUGAAGGUCUUUUUCUUGAUAGAGCUGUGCAGGUGGCAAAGCAGGAGCUGGCAAGGGAAUGUGACUAUGUGUUAGAAGCAAGUAACCAGAAGCGUUACAAAGAAUUGCUAUGUGACACCGAUGGAUUUUAUGUCCCUAAGGUCAUUGAUGAAUUGUCUAGUAAGAAAGUGCUGACAUCAGAGUUUGUUCCAGGAGUUCCUAUUGAUAAGGUUGCACUGUUAAGCCAGGAAACCCGCAACUAUGUUGGUUGUAAAUUGCUUGAGCUUACAAUAAAAGAGUUGUUUGUCUUCCGAUUUAUGCAGACUGAUCCAAAUUGGAGUAAUUUCCUCUAUGAUGAUGCUAGGAGGCAAUUUAAUCUGAUUGACUUUGGGGCAGCCCGUGAUUUUCCAAAGCGUUUUGUAGAUGAUUACCUACACAUGGUACUUGCCUGUGCAAAUAGAGAUCGGGCUGGUGUGUUAGAUAUGUCAUGCAGACUUGGAUUCCUUACAGGUGAGGAAUCAGAAGUCAUGCAGGAUGCUCACGUCCAAGCGGCCUUCAUUGUUGGAGUGCCAUUCUCAAAAUCAGGCGGCCACGAUUUCCGUGCAAACAAUAUCACACAUAGUGUUUCGAAUCUCGGGGCUACCAUGUUGAAGCAUAGGCUGACCCCACCACGAGAUGAAGUUUACAGCCUCCACAGAAAGUUGUCAGGUGCAUUCCUGGCUUGCAUUAAGAUUGGGGCAGUUGUCCCUUGCAGAGAAAUGCUGUUUGAGGUUUAUGAGCAAUACAAUUUCAGUGAUGACUGUUCAGAAGUAUUGUCCAGUGCCGGAUAAUAUCAAGAAAGCAGUACUCCUUUUUACCUUUCCUCUGAGAAUUCCUCAAAUAGUUACAGGUUGGUUUCAGCUCAGUUUUUCGAGAGCUUGACGACACCUUCCAUUCAAAUUUUGUACCGGAAAAUGUGAAAAAUUGUAUUCUUGGUGUGAAAAGUGGUUGGAUUCUGUUUGGAUGAGCUCUGCAGAUAUUUCUCCAAUGUACUCAGCUUUCAGCGUUUCACUAGAGACCAUUUUAGUUGAAAGAAUAAAGACAUCAGAACGAUAUUUCUGUUUGUUAGCUCAUUAUUGAUAAACCUUUGGCGUGCACCGCUCACAUGAUUUAAGUUGUAACUGCGUAUUCCAUUUGCUAGAGCAAUGAGAUUAUGGUUGAUGAUGUAUUAUUCUAAGCCAACGAAAUUGGUUGGUUGUCAUUACCUGGUGAAAAGUAGAACAUACAUAGAACUGAUGUCA